GGGACCAGAGGCCGCCCAGCCCACACAAGCCACGCGACGCGCCGACGCCCUUCGUUUUGUGUUUUUUCAAGAGCCACGCGAAGAGAAGAAAGCUGACGGCCGCAACGAUUUCCAGGCUCCCGGAGAGAGGGCAGCCGCAUGGCAGCGCAGGAGGCGCUGCGGUGGCGCUACGGCGACGUGGACGACGGCAACUUCGCCGUGCACGGCCGCGGCGUGCCGGUGCUCGUGGCGCUCUUCGGCGUCCUCGUCUGUUUCGUCGCCAUCUGCCUCUACCUCCGCUGGGCGUGCCACCGCUACAACGACCGCCGCGGCGUCUCCGCCGCGCUGCCGAGGUACUGGGCGUCGUCGCCGGGCUCUUCCUCCGCGGCGCCGCUGGGCUCCACCGCGUCGGUGUCGCCCGGCCUCGACGACGCCGCGAUUGCGGGCCUGCCCGUGACGCUGUACCGGCGGCCUGGUGGCGGCGCCGGCGCCGGCGCCGCGGCGGACGACGCGGCGGCGCAGUGCUGCCCCAUCUGCCUCGGCGAGCUCGUGGAGGGCGACAAGGUGAAGGCGCUGCCGCGGUGCGGACACGGCUUCCACCCGGAAUGCGUGGACGCGUGGCUGCGGGCUCAGGCAAGCUGCCCUCUGUGCCGGGCCUCGCUUCUCGCGGCCGCGACCGCCACCAAACCACCAGGCGACGGCAUCGGAAGCGACGAAGCUGUCUGAUCAUCCCUCGCGGCAACCGUGCGUGGAGGCGGAACAGGAUGAACUUUCAGGGCGGCCGCAUUCCGUUGCGCCGGCCGAUAGUGUUCCGGCGGCGGGCGGUGGAAACUUUCGUUUGUGUGUACACCACUGUAAAAUCUUGCGCCGUGGCGUUAAUUUGCUCACUCCAGUUGCCGAAACGAAACGAGUACUGUAGCGUGUUUCCAUGGCCGGUUGAAGGGAUCGACAUCAGAUGCGAUGACGUUCUUUAGUUACAGGCCAGCAUUAAGGGAAGCGCUGCCAUUGCUGGGGCGACACUUUCGC